AUGCUUGUUGUGGAUCGAUUUGGCAGAGUGCACAUUGCUGAUGAUGUCCUUUUGAGAAGGGCAAGUCCAUUCAGCCAUUCCCUAGAUAUUGCAUUUGCUGCUGACACAUUGGAGACGCUUCUUACUUUGGGGAGACAUCUUUAUUUGGAAUACCCACUUGAGGUCAUCCAUCUUUUGAAUCUUAUGAGAUCCCCUUCUGCUCAGCCUGAAUAUAUGAUGCUCAUUCACCCUGCUGGCAUGCAACACCACCAGAGGCAAUUGGCAUAUCUAAAAGCAUUUGACUUGGUUAUUGAGGGCACCCCGAAGAAUAUUCAGUGGUCAGUGCUGCAUUUCAUAUGGCGAGGGUGCCUUGGAUGGGGUACCAUUGUGGAACAAAGCUUGCUACUGAAUCUUUAUUACAGAUUUCCAGUAGCUGGUAGGUACCACCCUGAUGAUGCUAGAGAUUGUAUGCACUUUCUGCGCAGUGCUGAUUCUCACGUGUUCUCAAAGUGGGAGAAGCUGCUGUUCUAUGGAUUUCCAUAUAGCAGGGAGGAUCACCAGUUCCUUGUUGAUAGUAAGCUGGGCUUGCUAACUUGUUUCAUUCAGAGUGCUCUGUGGUCUGGUUUUGGUUUCAACUCAGGCAUUGGAAGGGAACUGUUGAAACGUCUGAAACCUGAAGACCACUUCUGCAAGGCCGGAUUCUGCUGUCCUGUUGGUGCAUGCUUGAGAGCCAACUGCUAUGACCGUGAGGUAAAGUGCGCGAUGUAUACUGAGAUGAUUAAAGGUGUCAUUAGGGUGGCAAAUCUGAUACGAUCAGGAACUUCUGAUGAGAUGAACAUACCAGCGCGCUACACAAGUAAUUUUCACCGGAGACCGGCUGUCACUCCACAGGUUGAUGAUGUUAUUGUUGGUUUUAUUGCCACCAUGGAUUGUGAGGUAUAUAGCCAUACUUACUGUUUGUAUAUUUAA